AAAGAGGAUCGAUUCAAUCGCGGCACGGAUGUCUUACAGUAAAGACGAGAAAAUGUAUUCGGUAAAGCGUUUAAUCAUUUUUUACACUUUUCUAGCUGUAAUCCCUAUAGUUUUUAUAACAGCCACUCCAAUAGUUCAACGGUUCGACUUACCCUCAUCAGGUGCACGGGGAACGCCAAAGAUCGAAUCGGGUGUAGCGUCUGGUCACAAUUAUACGCGUUUGUUUGUACCUCUGACCAGUGUAAUCGCGAAUUACUUGCCAACAUUUCUAAAGAGUUUGAAUGCCAGCCAAUAUUCUCAAAAAGGUCAAAACGACAGAAAUAUAAAAUGGCUUCCAGCUAAUUACUUGACAUGUUCCAUAAGUCAUCUAGGACGGUGGCCGAGUGUUGAUAACAAAUGCCAAUUUUACGAAUGUGCAGCAAACGUAAAAAACAUAACAAAAUGCAUGAAGGGAAAAUUUAGAGAAAUUAUAAACCGAUUAAAAACAAUAGCAUUUGAAAGCAAACAGAUAAGAGUGCAGAGAGAAAUUUCACUCGGAAGUGGUAAUGCAGUAGAAUACAAAAUAGAUUCUUGUGUAUCACUAAUUCUACACCAAUGUGUUUCUGGAUACAUUUACAAUAAAAUAACACAAUCUUGUCAACCAGCAAGUACUCCUCAAGUUUUUUGUACAAUGUUAUAAGUUAAAUGUUAUUAUCUUAUUUAAAAACAAAUUAAGUUGGUAGAAACACAUUAACAAAAUGCUAUAGACAAAUAAAAUCUAUUAACAAUAUUGUAAUUUACGAUAAUUCAUAAUUCAAAUAUAUUUAUGCAAGUUAUCAAAGAAAACUACAUACUUUGAUCAUCAUCGGAGGUUGACAUCCAAUUCCACAGGGCUGAACGCGAUUCCUUGGAGAAUAGCUUAGGAAAUCGGUAUUCGAGCAAUGUUUCCAAUAAAUUAUUUGCUCGGUUAGUUGCUACAUUACGAGUACUGAAAAAUGAAUUUGCCAACCAUUUACAAACAAUUGUCAAACAAAAUAAAGUAUCCACAAAUGUUUAUAAAUUACUCGAGAGCAAUGAUCUCAUCACUUGAUCGCCGUAUUAGUAACACAGGCCCAGGAUACUUGACUAAAUUUGCAACAACGUGCAAGUCUGAAAAUUCUCUAACAGUUGAAGCAACCAAACUUUCAGCAAAGCUAGGCAUUCUAGGAAUAGCCAACGGAACGAGGUCAUCAAAAGUAGCAUCCAGUAUCUAAUAGAAAAGAAAUCAAAUAUUAAGCAUUACAAAUUUGAAAUAACAACAAUAAAUUAUACAGCGCAAUUAAAACAAACUAAACAAAUAUUAUAAUGAACUUAUAUUUUUAUUACCACAGCAUGCACUUCUGGGAAUUUCUGAGCUAAAUACGUAGAAGCGAAUCCACCAAUACUCCAACCGUAUAAUAUUAUAUCUUCAGGUCUAAAUUUUAACUUUAUUACGGCAAAUUCGAAAACAGUUUCAGCUGCGUUUUGUUCUUGUUUUAUGUAAGGAAUGCCCUUGAUACAAAAAAUGUACAAUCUGAUAUUAUGUACGCAUUGAAAAACAUUUUGUCAACA